CAUGCGGCGCACAGUCCCGCCGUGCUGCCAUAUGAGAGUACGGUUUUUAUUAUCAUCUUUUCAUGAGCCGUUACGUAAUAGAUUUAUGUUUUCAUUAGGUCCCGCUGUCUGUUGUUCAUUGUCAGGUCCACAGGGGUCUCACACCAUCCGUCAUGUCCCGGGGGUUUGAUCACGAGAUCUGAGAACUUUCUUUCUACCUGCGAAUCCUUAAAGAAACGAAACCAACUCGACAUGAUGCUCUGAGAAACAUUGGGAUAUCCCGCAUCCACAUUCUCAAAACGACUCGAGUAACCUUAGUUUGGUUUCCUUGUGGUUUUGUGUAGUUUCUUCUUAAAAGCGGAAGUAACCCGCCUUUAGAUCGGCGUCGCCGCUGUUGUUUAUAAACGACAGGUUCCUGUUUUUCAGACCAUGGCAAACGAGCACUCGCCUCUUCUUGUUCACGGGGUGUACAGCAUGAUGGGAGAUGCUGAAGAUUCCAGGGGUGGAUCAGCAGUGACAGGAGAGGGAUCCCCCAAAUCAAACCCCCGCAAACUCAACACCUUCUUUGGUGUCAUGGUGCCCACCAUCCUCUCCAUGUUCAGUAUCGUGCUCUUUCUUCGCACAGGUUUUGUUGUGGGCCAGGCCGGUCUUCUCCAUGGUCUCCUCAUGCUGUGUGUGGCCUACUUCAUCAUUUCAUUGACAAUCCUGUCGAUAUGUGCUAUUUCAACUAAUGGCGCUGUGGAAGGGGGCGGGGCCUACUUCAUGAUCAGUCGUUCCCUGGGGCCAGAGUUUGGAGGUAGUAUCGGCCUGAUGUUUUACUUGGCGAAGGUAUGUGCAUGUGGCGUCUAUGUACUCGGCCUGGUGGAGGCCAUACUGGAUGUCUUCGGGAAGGAUCCUGGCUCUGCUGUGUCACAUGGGCUGCGUGUGUUGCCGCAGGGUUACUGGUACACUGUGUUGUACUCCUCUGUAGUGCUGUUGCUAUGUCUGGUGGUGUGUCUGGUCGGUGCUCAUAUCUACGCCAAAGCCUCUUUUAUCAUUCUGCUGGUGGUGACGGUGUCACUGAUCUCCAUCAUCAUCAGCCCCCUUAUAGUCAGUCCACAGCGCUUCAACAUCACACACACAUAUGGCACCAACCACAGCGUCACUGUCAACCCCAGCUACACAGGCUUCAACGGCUCUACAUUGAAGAACAACCUUGCACCACGCUACUCUCUGGACUACAGUACCAACACAGUGAUGUCUUUCGCCACUGUAUUUGCUGUGAUGUUCACUAGCUGCACAGGCAUCAUGGCAGGAGCCAACAUGUCUGGUGAGCUGAAGAACCCCAGUGAGUCAAUACCUAAAGGGACCAUCAUAGCGGUGUCCUACACCUUCUCUGUCUACCUGCUUCUCUUCCUGCUCCUGAGCUCUACCUGCGACAGGUCGUUGUUGACCAAUGAUUAUGCAGUUUUCCAGCGUGUGAACAUAUGGCCUCCGUUGGUGACGAUUGGGGUUUACUGCGCGUCUCUCUCAGCUGCUAUGUGCUGCAUGAUAGGAGCUUCCCGAAUCCUCCACGCUCUUGCUCUGGACCAGCUUUUUGGCCUGCCUCUGGCUCCGGCUGCAGUCACCUCCAGCUCUGGGAACCCAUGGGUGUCUGUGCUGUACACCUGGGGCCUGGUGCAGUGUACGCUGUUUGCAGGACAGCUGAAUGUGAUUGCUGGUAUCGUGACAGUAUUUUACCUUUUGGCAUAUGCUGCGGUGGAUUUGGCCUGUCUGGCUCUGGAAUGGGCUUCCGCUCCAAACUUCAGGCCCACAUUUCAGUUUUUCUCUUGGCACACAUGUUUGUUGGGUAUUGUCAGCUGUGUGGUAAUGAUGUUCGUGAUAAACCCAGUGUAUUCCUCGGCCAGUAUCGUCCUGCUGCUGCUCCUCCUGCUGAUCCUGCACUACCGCUCUCCCACCAGCAGCUGGGGCUACAUCAGCCAAGCACUAAUCUUCCAUCAGGUGAGGAAGUACCUUCUGAUGUUAGACUCCCGUAAGGAUCAUGUGAAGUUCUGGAGGCCUCAGGUCUUACUGAUGGUUGCGAACCCACGCUCCUCCUCUCAGCUCAUCUGCUUUGUCAACCAGCUGAAGAAAGGAGGGCUGUUUGUUCUUGGACAUGUGCAGAUCGGAGAUCUUGACCUGUUGCCCUCUGACCCAGUGCAGCCGCAGUAUAAUUUCUGGUUGAGUCUGGUGGAUAAGUUGGGUGUAAAGGCCUUUGUGGAUCUGACUCUUUCUCCCUCCGUGAGACAGGGCACUCAACAUCUGCUCCGCAUCACUGGACUGGGAGGUAUGAAGCCUAAUACCCUGGUAUUGGGCUUCUAUGACAACUGCUACCCAGAGGACUACUUCCUGCAGGACCCCGUCUUUUGCGAGGGUGAUAGGGGUGAGGGGGAUAAUUUCGGGGUUGACCUCCCAUCCUUACAGGCUCAUUUCCCACUGGUACGUCAUGCGGAGAGCCCUCGCACGCUGCAGCCCGAGGAGUACGUGAGCAUCAUCCUUGAUGCCAUAAAAAUGGGCAAGAAUGUUUGUUUAGCCAGGUACUUCUUCCAGCUACCUCCUGAUAGCAAAGGUGUUACAUGCAUUAGGGGAAAUGAAAGCGUGGACACCAUCGACGUGUGGCCGACAAACCUACUGUCGCCUGACAGUGGCAGUUACGCAGACGUGUGCAGUCUUUUCCUGCUUCAGAUGGCGUGCGUGUUAAACAUGGCCAGCAGGUGGCGUCGUGCAAGGUUACGUAUAUUCGUCUGUGUGGAGUCCGAAUCGGGAGACCAGGGCUGGCUGGCUAAAGAGGAGCAGUUUAGAGAGUUGCUGGGCAAGCUGAGGAUUCGUGCUUCUAUUAAGAUUGUGCCGUGGGAUAACGUGGCACGCAUGUUUAGAGCGCAAAGCUCAGAGAGGCAAAAAGUGUCUGAAGACUUCCUGUGUGCUGUGAAUGCUCUACUGAAGGAACACAGCUCUCCAGCAUCGGUGCGCUUCCUGUACUUGCCCCACCCUCCCUCCAGUUCGGACUCGGAGCUGUCACAGCAGUACCUGUCGCAGCUGGACGCAUUGACGCGAGACCUGGGCCCAGCUCUCUUGAUUCAUGGGGUCACACCAGUCACAUGUACUGAGCUCUGAGAAACAAUAACCAAAGCGUGUUUGUGUGAUAGAGAGGAAAAUCUGAAAUGUUAGUGAGCGGAAUACAAGUGCUCCUUAAUUGGUGGGUGAUUUUGAAGACCAUUAUAAAUGGGUGGAGUUUGUUCUCUUGGGAAAUAAGUUAUUUAAAGGUGGAUGGAUGGAGUGUGUGUUAUCAGUGAAAACGGCUUGUGUUUAUGGGUGUAUACUGCCAAAUCAUGUUGCAGAGUGCAGUAAUUUUUGCAUUCUUCCUGCGUCUCCGUUUGAUCUCAUCAACAGAAAGUUUAGUGUUUUCGUGGAAAGGGAUUGUGUGCAUAUGCAUUUAAAUGGCUAAUGCUCAUUCAAGAGUCAGACAGUAAGUGUAAAUAUUUAAACAGAUCACAUGAUCCAUGUGUUUGUGCAAGACACUGGAUGGAAAAAAUAACAUUGACUUUAAUUAGGAUGGAAAGAAAGCGUUUGUUUAAAUGGGUUAUGGUUAUUGUUGACACUGUAAUAGGCCAAAGUGAGCCUGUUCACUCAAUUUUUUUUUUUUUUAUUGUGAUUGUACAGUUGGAUCAAUUUGUUAAUCAUUUCUGCCUUUUCUUAGUAUGAAACAAACCCUCUGAACCCAUUUUGACCCAGUUAGAGCUUUCAGGCCAAUGAGGAGUCCUCACGCCACGGGUUUAGGUCAUGUUUGGUGUGGUGGCAGAAAUGCUGUUCUCAGCUUUCCAAUUAGAGUUCUUAUUCAUGGUGUAUUUACUGGAUAAUCAUAUAGACUGGCAUGCUAUGUUAUUUAUUAUUAUUGCAUUCUUGUAUGAGAAAGCAGGGAGAAAGAGUGAAAGUGUUUUCAUGUGAACCUGUUCUCAUUAGUAGGUUUGGAUUUCAUAUUGUGGGGCUCAUGGAAUUCCCCUGACCAUUUGCAUAACCUUUUUGCGUUACCUUUAGCACCAUUUUGUGCGUUUCUUGCCGUUUUUACAGUUAAAAUGCUUUUUGCACUUAUGAAUGUUUUGACUGGCUGAAGGGAGAGGUGAGUGAAUGGCUUCCGAUUGGUCAGAGCUGAUGAUGAUGUUUGUGUUGAGUCUGUGCUGGUCUUUGGGAACUGAAAAGGGACACUGGCUAUAAAUAAUACUUGAAUAUUUUGCAUAUUUGCGCGUGUGUUAGUUUGUUAUCAUUAACAAAAAACAAUGCAGAAGCCCAAGAAUAUCAGGCCUUUAUCAUAGCUGUACAACAAUUGAGGUCUUAUGCUAAAUAAGUAAUUCCAUUCUGUAAACAUGAUUAUAUAAAAAAUGUUUUUAUGGUGCUUCGAGUAUGUAAAAAAUGCGUUACACAAUCCAGUUUACAUAUAAUAUUUAGAAAUCAGAAAUUAAGGCACAUCAUUAACAUUAAUAUACUUUCAAAAAUACAUUCAUACAAUCACAGUAUACAAUCAUGAUCUUUGGUUGACAAUUUUAGCUCAACAGGAAGUUCAGUUAGGAUGUAGCACAAUUACCCAGAACUUCUUAGCACUGUACAGUGUAUGCAAUAGCUUAAUCAUGCGGCUGAAUGUAGUGUUUGUAAACCGAAGACUAAAUGAUUAAAAGAAACAUUUGUCAUCUUUUCCGCUCAUUGACUCUUUCUUUAUGCUGAAAUUAUAAUUCUAUUCCAUCCUAGAGUGUGUUCAUGUCACAUUAUGGAAAAGCAAUAAAUACAUGAAGUAUUUAAAUAGCCUACUACAGUAUAAACUAGCUAUUAUGAAGUAGUUAAUGUGUUCCAGUCCUGUCCAAUGGCU